AUGGAUCAAUAAGAAGACAAUUUGAAAGCUCAGCAAAGAAAUGAUGCAAUUAAUUCAGUUUAUCCUAAGAUGGAUUUAAAGACUGUAGGCGGUAUGACAAAAAGCUAAAAUAAAAUCAGCAGAAAUUCUAGCUUUAGCGAUACAGUGCAAGAAGAAAUAGAUAAAGAUGAAUCUGAAAAAGAUGAAAUGGCAUAAAGUAUGACAAAAUCAAAAUUUAAGCACGUAAACAUCAUAACUGAUAGUGAUGAGUUUAAUUAGCACAAGGUUAGCGAAUAAACAAAUACCAUGAUGUCUUCUUAACAAAUUCAGCGAAUUAGAUCAACUAGUUCUGAUCAAGCUUUUGGAGAAAGCAUUUAGGAAGAUAAAAUAGAAGAAGAAUCUGAGGUGAAUAACUCUCCAAGUAAGCUAAGCACUUCCAAAUUAGGUAUUAUGAACCACCCUAUUGAAGAGGCAAUUCUUCUUGAUAAAGGCGAGUUUGAUUGCAGCACACCAACUCGCCCUAAGCCCUCUUCGCUAUUGAAGAAAGUUAGCUCAUAAACUUAGUAUUCCUAAUUUAAUCAAAAAGAAGAAACUAUCACCGAAGAUCCUGAAAAGGAGACUGAUGGUAUUUAUGUUGCUAGAAUUAGUUCCCAUAAAGAAAUAAAGAUAAAAGUCGAUGAAAUCGAUACAGAUAAAAGCAAAUAAUUCACCCCUAGAAUUAAUUAUAUGGAAAAUUCUGUCCCAAUUAUAGAGGAAACCAAAGAAGAAGAUCUUGUCGAAGGAAAUAAGCAGUUUUAGACAGCCAAACAAGAAAGAGAGUAAGAGAUGGGAUACAUAAAAAAAAUAGUCAAAGGUGAUACUAUCCAUGAAGGAGAGAAGCUUGUUCAUAUGGCAGAAACAAGUGGUAUGACUUCACAUAUGGCUAGUAAUCAAAUUAAUGAGAAUUAGUAAGACGAAGAUAUAGAAGACAAUGAUGAGGAAGAUAUUGUGGAAGUUUUAUAAAAGCGUAGAAGAAGCUCAUUGAAUAUUGAUAGUUUGCCUCCAUAAGAGGAAGAAUAAAACGAGUGA